AUGAGGGGAACUUCACUCUUGAAUAGGCUCGCAAUUAUACUCGGUGUCGUACAGACAACAUGCGCACUAGGUUACAAUGGCCAACAGCAACAAAUCCUUGGGGCGGCGGCGAACGUCAAAGAUAACCGACCAAACAUUAUUUUCAUCCUUGUUGACGAUCAAGAUCUAUUGCUAGACUCAAUCAACUAUAUGCCAAACUUGAAUAAACAUUUAGCGCAAGAAGGCACCUUCUACCGAAAUCAUUUCGUCACAACGGCGCUUUGUUGUCCAUCCAGGGUCAGCCUUUUAACUGGCCGACUAGCCCACAAUACAAACGUCACUGACGUGAAUCCCCCAUAUGGUGGGUAUCCGAAAUUCGUUGAACGGGGUUUUAAUGAAGACUACCUUCCAGUCUGGCUUCAAAAUGCAGGCUACAACACUCUUUACACGGGAAAGCUAUUCAAUGCACACACUGUCGACAACUACAAUACCCCUUUCGCUAAUGGCUUUAACUCGUCUGAUUUUUUGCUGGACCCAUACACCUAUUCAUAUCUAAAUGCAACCUUCCAGCGCGAUUCCGACCCACCCGUCAGCUACGAGGGUCAAUAUACCACGGAUAUUCUGAAGGGAAAGGCCUUGGAUCUCUUGGAAUCUGCAAUAAGUCAAACGGAUCCAUUUUUCCUCACUAUUGCUCCGGUGGCACCCCAUUCAAAUGUUCACUCGAAUGGCCCUAUCAUCCCCGGAGUGGAUCUCAAGAUCACCGCACCAAUCUCCGCGGAAAGACAUCAACAUCUUUUCAAGGACGUGAACAUCCCGCGGACGCCAAAUUUUAAUCCCGAUGAGCCGAGUGGCGUAAACUGGGUCGCACGCCUGCCUAAGCAGAACCAAAGCAACAUCGACUAUAAUGAUCACUUCUAUCGCUCAAGACUGCGAGCCCUGCAACCCGUGGACGAACUGAUAGCCGAAGUUGUUGAUAUCUUGGACGAUAAUCAUAUCUUGGACAAUACCUACAUCAUCUACACUUCAGACAAUGGGUAUCAUAUCGGGCAACAUCGCCUUCAAGCGGGCAAGGAGUGUGGAUUUGAAGAAGAUAUUCGGGUUCCAUUUAUUGUCCGGGGCCCGGGUGUCCUGCCAAACUACGAGGAACUAGCAAUCACUACACAUAUUGAUGUGGCUCCGACACUUUUUGAUAUUGCCGGCCUGCCUCUGCGCUCGGACUUUGAUGGUACUCCUAUCCCUUUGAAGCAUGAGCUCAAUUCAAGCGACCCCGUACGUCAUGAACACGUUACUGUUGAAUAUUGGGGGCUAGCUAUCCCGGAAGGGAAAUACAACACGCUAGGUCCCGACAAUCCGGAAAUAAUCACGAACAAUACCUAUAAGUCGAUACGCAUUCUCAGCAGCGAGUAUGAUCUCUAUUAUUCAGUCUGGUGCUCAAACGAGCACCAACUCUAUGAUCUCAAGACCGAUCCAUACGAGCUGAAUAACCUUUAUGUGACAGCAAACUCCCCAGGGAGCUUUGAUGAGAGUCGGAAAAUCCUCGGUGUUUCUCUAGAGAAAGUUAUUCAUCGUCUCGACGCGCUACUUCUUGUCUUGAAAUCCUGCCAGGGACAGACUUGCAUUCGGCCCUGGGACGUGCUGCACCCGGAAGGGAAAGUUGAGACAUUUGUGGAUGCAUUGGACGUGAAGUAUGAUGGGUUUUAUAAUGUUCAGUCCAAGGUCUCCUUCAGUCGGUGCGAAUUUGGAUACAUUCUCGACGCCGAGGGGCCACAAACGGCCUUGACCUAUCGAGACGGCAUCGAGUGGCAUCACUGGGUUUAG